GUGGUGGUGAUUAUCAUGUGGUCGCUGCUGUGGGUCUUCAUAUUUCGCAGGGAAAGCAACAGUGGAGUGUAUUUUGCCGGGAUGUUCCGUGUUGCCAAUGUGGAAUUUAUCCCCGAGUACCGCCAUGAACAGUCCAGUGAGUUUGUAUCCAUGGCAAACAAAAUACAACACGUGGUGAGCAAUGUGUACAAGGUGUCCUCAGUAGCCAGACUCUACAAGCAAGCUGUCAUUUCAGACCUCAGUAACAACAACAAGGGCGGUGUGCUCGUUCACUUCUGGAUGGUGUUUGUGGUCCCUCAACUGAAGAGCCCAGCAGUGUGUGAGGAGUGUGUAGGAGCCAUUUUCAGAGACUCGGUCCACACCAGCAUGAUGAACAGGUCCUCUGUAGGCUACCUGCUGGGUCUUCCAGUGGAUAUUGACUCCAUCCUCAUCAAUGCUGUUCAGCGAUCAGAUUAUUCAUCAAAUGGAGCAGGCUCUCAGUGUGUAGAUAAGCUGUAUGCUAACCUUCCUGGGGCGAGUGUACCUUUAAAUGUCUUCUCAUCGUGGGGUGGUGUGAAUUGCCAUGUAAAACUCACCGCUGCCCCCGGCUCUCUGAUCCGUCUGACCAUCACCUCGCUCCUCAUUGAGCCCAGCGACUGUGUGAAUGAUGCCCUGACUGUGUACGAUGCUCUGCUGCCCAUGAGAGGGCGCAUUCUGCACAGGCUGUGUGAGUCAGUGUCCAGCUCCUUCUCCCUGGUGUCUACCUCCAAUGUCAUGUUGCUGUCCUUCAGAAUGACCAAUGACAACAAGAGCUUCAGAGGACACUUUGAGGCCAUUGCUGAAGAAGUGUGUAUGUCUCAAAUUGAGACCCACAUAAAGCCUGACAUCACUGGUCAAAUCUAUAGCCCCUUCCACCCCAGCCUUCUGCCCCCACAGUGCUUCUGCACCUGGAAGUUUGAGACCCCUAACAGUGCUUUAGGAGUUGCUCUGCAGUUUCAGAACUAUGUAUUGAAACCAAAGGCCAUGGAGGGCUGUGAACACGGCUGGUGGAAGGUCAAUGAAAUCAUUUUCUGUGGCAGCUACGUGGGACACCACACGGUGUUUCGGAUCGCUGACCACAGCCCAGAGGUGGAAUUUCGCAGCAGCUCACGUAACUCUGCUCAGCCUUUUCAGGCGUCUUACAGCAGCUACAAUAUCAGCCAGCCCUGUCCAGAGAGCCACUUCCUGUGCUCCACAGGACUGUGUGUGGAGAAAAGUCGACGCUGUGACGGCCUGGACGACUGCCAGGAUGAGAGUGACGAGGUCUUCUGCUCGAGGCCGACAAAGAACUGUGGUGGCAACAUUCCUCUGCAUCCUUUGUAUGUAUGCAAUGGAGAGACAGACUGCACCAAUGGAAUAGAUGAGAUCAACUGCACUCAGGAAACAACCUGCUCUGAAAUCAGGUAUCAAUGCAACAGUGGCUCCUGCAUCAUGAAGAAGAACGCAAAGUGCGAUGGUGUCCAUGACUGUCAGGACCACAGUGAUGAGGCCGAUUGUGCCUGUGGUCGUCCCUCCUUGAAGAAGGUGGGUUCAUCUUCAGGAGCUGAGCGCAUCGUGGGUGGAGAUAACUCUGUGGAGGGGGAGUGGCCGUGGCAGGUUAGCCUCCACUUCUCUGGUAACCUGUACUGUGGGGCUUCUGUCCUCUCCUCUGAUUGGCUCAUCUCAGCAGCACACUGCUUCAGCAAGGAAAGGCUCUCUGACCCACGAUACUGGAGCGCCCACCUCGGCAUGCUGACACAGGGCAGUGCCAAACACGUGGCGGAGAUCCAGCGGAUUGUGGUGCAUGAGUAUUAUAACACGUACACAUUUGACUAUGACAUCGCCCUGCUGCAGCUGAAGAAGCCCUGGCCUCCCUCUCUCAGCCCGCUGGUCCAGCCUGUGUGUCUGCCACCCCCCUCCCACACUGUCACAGACAACCACCGCUGCUUGGUCACCGGGUGGGGAUACCGCUCUGAGGAGGACAAAGUUCUGCCCUCAGUGCUGCAGAAAGCACAGGUGUCCUUACUGAGCCGGACUGACUGUAAGAAGAGCUAUGGACCUGUCUCCCCACGCAUGCUGUGUGCUGGGGUCCCCUCUGGAGAGCAGGACGCCUGCAGGGGCGACUCAGGGGGUCCUCUGUCCUGUCAGGCAGCGGGCGGGGGUCGCUGGUUCCUGAUUGGCAUCGUCAGCUGGGGGGCGGGCUGUGGCAGACCAAACCUGCCUGGGGUCUACACCAGGGUCAACAAGUUCACCUCCUGGAUCUACAGCCAUAUCAGCUGACACGAUGCAACUCUUAUUCAUCCAGUGACAGCAGAUGUUUAGAUCGCUGACACCUAAUAAUAAAAGCAUCAUCCGAUACUGUGUA